GUCCCCCGGCGCGGCUGUUGCUGUGUCGAAGGCAUUCUCUCGCGAGGAAGGACGCCAUUAUCGGAUUUUAACAAACAAGAAACGAGAACUGAACGACUGUAGUGGGGCUUUGGAGUGGAGGUUGAUGCUGCAUUGUAACUAGAUGAUGUCAGAACACGAUUUGACAGAUGUGGUUCAGAUUGCAGUUGAUGACCUAACACAAGAUCAAGCAGAAGUUUUGGAGAAUCAUCAGUCUGAGGAUGGGAUUGAACAACCAGCUCUUAAACGUCAACGAAUAGAUAUAUCAAAUGGACAGCCAAUCCAAGAUGGUACAAUAAAGAAUACAACAUUGCAAAUAUCUGCUUCUUACCUAACCAACACCCAGUGUCCCAGAAGUCUCUUUUAAGUCCAUUCUCUUUGACAUUAAUCAAGCCAUUUGUUUGCGUCUUGAUAGCAUUGAAGCCAAAAUCCAGGCUGUAGAAGCAACUUGUAAAGCUAUCGAAGAAAAAAUAGACUUGGUUCUUAAUAAACAAAAUAGUCCUAUCCAGGUCCCCAUGGUGGCAGGAUCUCCUUUGGGUGCAACACAGACAUGGAACAAAGUUCGCAGCACUGUACCACAGACCACUGUAAUAUUAAAUAGUGAUCGUCAGAACCCAAUUGGUUCCAAGGUUGCUGGGCAAGAAGAACCUUCACCGAGAGGAACAGACACCCUGGACAAUAUUCUCAGCAAUUCUAUGCCUGGAAGGAGACAGAACACAAUAAUUGUGAAGGUUCCUGGCCAUGAAGAUAGCCAUACUGAAGAUGUUGAAAGUGGAUCUGAAACAAGUGACACCGUUUCGAACAGUGGUCAAUCAGGUGGUCAGAACUUGGCACCAAAUGUUACGCUCAUUACAUUGAACUCUGAAGAGGAUUUCCCUAAUGGAACCUGGCUUGGGGAUGAGAAUAAUGCUGAGAUGCGAGUCAGGUGUCCUAUCACUCCUGCUGAUAUGCUGCAUGUUGCCACAAAUUGCAGAACAGCUGAAAAAAUGGCAUUGACACUCUUGGACUACCUGUUCCAUCGUGAGAUACAAGCUGUGUCCAAUCUCUCAGGACAGGGAAAACAUGGCAAAAAGCAGCUGGAUCCUUUAAUGAUCUACGGAAUUCGAUGUCACCUUUUCCAUAAAUUUGGAAUCACUGAAUCGGACUGGUACAGAAUAAAACAGAGCAUAGACUCAAAAUGUCGAACGGCUUGGCGCAGAAAGCAGCGUGGACAAAGCUUGGCAGUAAAAGGUUUUGCCCGAAGGACACCUUCAUCUUCAGUUAUGAGUGGAACAGGGGGAAUACAAGGAUCAGUGUCGUCAUCUGGAGAUUUACAGCAGAAUCAGGCACAAACACUCCAUUAUGCAUUAGCAAAUGCUCAGCAAGUUCACAUUCAUCGCAUAGGAGAGGAUGGACAAGUUCAACAAGUAGCUGUACAGGGACACCUGCAUAUCGCUCAGGUACCACAGGGAGAACAAGUACAAAUCACUCAGGAUAGCGAGGGCAAUCUUCAAAUACACCAGGUACAUGUUAGCCAAGAUGGCCAGGUGUUGCAAGGUGCACAGUUAAUUGCAGUAGCUUCUGCUGAACACCCAGCCAGUGGAGUAGAUGGAUCACCUCUACAGGGAAGUGACAUCCAGGUGCAAUAUGUACAGCUUGCACCAGUAACAGAUCACACCACAGCAGCUCAAGGAACAGAAACUCUUGCAGCCACAAUUCAGCCUGAAAUGCAAAUUGAACAUGGAGCGAUCCAGAUUCAACAAGGAGAAAAUGGAGAAGUUGUUCAAAUCCAAAUGCCAGUCAAUACUGUCAACAGUUAAAAUUAAAUGAACAGAACUAUAACAGCAGGGAGAAAAAAAACAGCCUGUGCAAAACAAGCUAUGGCUUAGCUGCAGGUCGCACAUUAUGAUAGCCAAACCUGAAGCAUUACAAAAGAAUAAAGCAUUUCAGCGCUCUGUUGAGAAAUAUAAAAAGACUUUGAAAUCAUUUGAAGAAUUUGUUUCCUAUAUCAAAAUAACUAUUGUGGACAUUGGGAUCAACUGUUAACCAUGUGUGAAACAAGGGAAAAAAAAAAUAUAUAUAUAUAUAUAUAUAUAUCUGUACUGCUCAUUGUAAUUUUACAGGGUCUGGCUUAACUGCAGUGUGUUUUUAUUGCUACUGAACUAUUUGGUUUGAAAAAUGAAUUACACAGAUGCUUUGUUUGAAGUUUUAAAGAAAUGUAUUUAUGAAUUGUAUACAUUAUAACUAGAAUUCAGGGAGUUUAUUUUUUCGUUUAUCAUUUGCAGUUGCAAGCUCUUAGGAGGCAGAACCAGUAAAGCUUUUCUGUAACUAAUUUUGGUUAGAAAAUAUGGCAGUCAAUUAAGGAGAUUUGUUCCAAUUAUUAUGAAAAGGAAUAGUGAAGUACCGCCAGUUCUUUCAGUCUGAAGUGAAUUAACAUUUUACUGCUUAGUUUAGGUGUAGCAAUAUGUUGUUACUUUUAACUUACAUCAUAAAGGAAACAGCAAAUAGUGUUUUUGCACUCUUCUGCAGUCUUGAUAAAGACUCAUGUGCUAUAGAAAUAUUCUUGUAAAAUGCUUAUUAAAUCAAUGAGAAACCAAGGUCAUUGUGUUUUUAACAUGGAUAAUAUUGAGCAGGAACAUAGUCAAAACACUAGUCACGGAAACAUAAGUUUAAUAACUCUUACGAUCAUUUUUUCUUUAUGUCUAGUUGACCAUAAAAACACAUUAAAAACCAGUGUUUUCUGACGAAA